UUCAGAUGAUCCAUUUCCUCUUCCGUCUCGACGCCUCCCUCCACCGAACGAGAUCCCCUGACUUCACCUCCCUCCACUUUCUCGCCCCGCUCGAUUUCCCUCUCGCUUUCCCCUCCCUUCCCCUCCAAGCAUCAAGCACGUCGCCGCCUCGGCGCCUCCGCCCCCGCGCGUCCUUCCCAGGUCGGUCGGUCUCUUCCCGCCCAUCCCGACGCCACGCGUUGUUGUCCUUCCUCUGGCGGCUGUUUGGCCCCUCUCGACCCUAGCUUGUCCCAGCCUCCGUGGACCGGUGCGGCCUGUGCGGAACGCUUAAAUGAUUUGAGAAUCACCAGUGGAUUCUUUCUGCGUUCCCGGUAGGAGUUUGCAGGGUGAACUUGCUGAAUUCUAUAUCAACAGCAUGCCUUGUCUUGCAGAAUAGACAGGAUAUUACUGUUUUGUUACUCACUAAUAUGCAAUUCAUUGAUCUGGUCAGAUGAAAGCAGUGUCAGUUGCUUCUGAGUGUAGUCCUACUGCUGCUUUAUAAAUAAAUAGUGUUUCUCUUCAUAGUGUGCUAACAAAUGGAUCGUCGUGAUACUUCUGGAUUUGUUAGUGGAGGAUGCAAGGAGACAAAGGGGCUACUAACAAGCUUAGAUUUCUACUAAUAUUUCACUGUGUUAUGUAACUUGGCCGUGACACUAACUGUACUCCAUAAACACUGGUUGAAUUUCAUGGUAUUCUUGACCCCCAAGAGCAAUGGAUCAUACGCAUGAACACUCAGGGUUUACUGGAAAAUCUUGGAACCCAAAUAGACUUGGAAACUGGAACCCUGUUCGACCAGUAGUCAUGCAACCAAGAGCUUGUUCUACACAAGUUGACGUGCUUGCCCAAGACAGCACGUAUUUUAUGUCAAGAGGGAUCAAGCGGAAGUGGGUUGACUUAUCACUUGGCUUAGGUAGCUCUUCAAGCUCCUCUGACUCCAGCAAGCACAGCAUGGGCACAUGCUGCACCUUAUCUUCUUCUGCAAAGCAUAGGGAUGAUGAAUCAUCUAUUGACUUAGGCCUAAACUUUCAGUCCAUUCUGUGUAAUGAAGGCACUUCAAAACUGGGCACGGAUGCUUGUAAUGCUAAGAGAGCUUUGGAGAAGCAGCCUGUGAUGGAUCUUAACUUAUCUUUGAAUGUUGGACCAUCUGAAUCUUUUGUUACUGAUGUGAACCUUAAUAUGGCCGACCAAGAUCACACCAUAUUGCUGCAAUCAUGCAAUAUACCCUCGGUGGCAACAGUUGAUGAAGGAUCAACAUCUGCUCGCUGGAAAUCUGGUGGUAAGUUACUUCCUUACCUGUUACCAGAUAGCACAAACCAGUCUCAUGGUCUGGUUCCACUGCCACCAACGAUACAAAUGCCGAAAAGUCCAAUAACCUGUGCUUCUUGGGUUGUCAGCCCACAACAGCUCUGUACUAGCACAAAAAUUUGUUCACAACCAGGAUGCUUUAAAGGUGCCCGGGGUUCUUCUGGGCGCUGCAUUGCACAUGGUGGGGGCAAAAGGUGCCAGAGAGAGGAUUGCAAGAGAGGCGCUGAGGGGAAAACCAUCUUCUGUAAAGCUCAUGGAGGGGGUAGGCGAUGUGAGCAUUUUGGAUGCACAAAGAGUGCUGAGGGUCGCACCAAUUUCUGCAUAGCUCAUGGGGGUGGCCACCGUUGCAGCCAUGAAGGGUGCAAAAAAGCAGCAAGAGGAAAAUCUGGCCUUUGUAUUAAGCAUGGUGGGGGAAAGAGAUGCCAAAAGGAGAACUGUACAAAGAGUGCGGAGGGUCAGUCUGACUUUUGCAUUGCUCAUGGAGGUGGUCGGCGCUGCAAACAUGAAGGAUGCAAAAAAGGUGCUCAAGGCAGCACUACUUUCUGUAAAUCUCAUGGAGGUGGCAAGAGAUGCACACAUCCAAAUUGCAGCAAGGGUGCAGAGGGAAGCACACUCUUCUGCAAGGGCCAUGGAGGAGGGAAACGCUGUUCAGCUGAAGGCUGCCCAAAGAGUGUCCAUGGUGGCACCCAGUUCUGUGUUGCCCAUGGAGGCGGGAAGCGAUGUGCGGUAGCAGGAUGCUCCAAGAGUGCUAGGGGACGGACAGACUGUUGUGUUCGUCAUGGUGGGGGCAAACGAUGCCAAUUUGCUGGCUGCAGCAAGAGUGCUCAGGGGAGAACUGACUUUUGCAAGGCUCAUGGGGGAGGUAAGCGUUGCUUAUGGGGCCAACCAGGAUAUGACCUUGGAGCUGGCAGUGCUCCUUGUGAGCGCUUUUCAAGGGGCAAGAAUGGACUGUGUGACGCACACAAUGCUCUGGUGGAAGACAAUCGAGUCCGUGGUGGCCAGACACUUGGUGCUAUUGGCUCACCAGUAUCAGUCGUAAACAACGUUGUUAAUCAUGGGGCCCUUUCUAGAACUACUGAAAGUGGGGCAUUCAACUCUUUCAAUUUCAGUGAAAGGACCAGCAAUGUAUUGCAUCCUGCAGAGGCUCUUCCUCACGUGCCAAUCUCUGCUCCAGAGGGGAGGGUGCGUGGUGGUAAUAUUGUGGCUAUGCUUGCUGAUGGUAUUACUCUCGGAAAGCAAUUACAUUACAAUGUGGAGGCUAGCACCUCCACUCACAAUUGGUUAUAGCACAUAAAAGCACCAAAAUCCCUGUUCACUUGGUUUGCUUCAUCUCAACUGGCAGUGUAUUAGACCUGCUGUGUAUUUCGGAGGUAUGUGUCCUGAUAAGUUUAGCAUUUCUAUGUUAUAGGGACUUUCCGUGCUUCUGUUGUAACCUUCUUGUGUGAUAAAUAAAAGGGGGAAGUAAACUAGUAGAGUAAUGGAUAUUAGCACCCAAGUGUGAAACUAAUGUAGUUGCUAGGAGAUGUAACAUAUGAUGUUCCAAACUUGUAUGUUCCAUGUUCUUUGUGAGUACAAGAUUAGCAUGGUGGUAAGUUCCUCACAGAGCAUGUGUGGAACUGUUUGAACUCUUCUAUAGCAUAUCUCAGACAUCUUUAGGCUGUUUUCUUAGCGUUGCUAUGUAUUUUGUUACACAUUUCUUGAUUAUUUCAUAACAGAUACCGACAACGACCUGGAUAAAGAGUUUUAUCUUCUGUCUAUUGAGGCAGGCAAUGGGCA